AUGGCAGUGCCCUGGGAGAAAUAUUUCCGACUGGCCUUGCAAGAGAAACUGUCUACGAAGAUCCAGGGGCAGAAUGUGGACCACGUCCCACCGCCACUGCUGCGUCUCUUCGAGAAGAGGCAGGAACUGGUGGAUGCGGACCAGGGUCUUCAGGCCCAGAAGGAGGUGUUCCAGACUAUGCAGGCAUCCCUGAAACAGCGGUGGAAACAAUUGGAACAGAAAGAGCAGGAGUUAAAGGGGUCCUUUGUCCGCUUUGAAAAGUUUUUGCAGGAUGCCGAGGCCCGGCGCAGCCGCGCACUGCGGAGGUCGGCGGAGGAGCGGCAACUGGCGAGCCGCCGGGAGGAGGAGGCGCUGCGGCUUCGGGCUCAGCUGGAGGAGCUGCAGCGGGAGCGCGCGCGGCUGCAGCGCCGGCUUUGGCGCCUCGAGCCCUGCGCGCGCCUGCUGGGGCAAGUACUGGAGCAGCUGCCCGAGUUCCAAGAGGUCCCCGAGCUGGUGGCGCGCUUCGACGGCCUGGCCGACACGCAGGCGGCGCUGAGGCUCACGGAGCGCCAGCGGCUCGCGGAGCUGGAGGAGGCGCGCGCGCGGCUGCGGCGGCUGCGGGACGCCUGGCAGGACGAGCUGCUGCGGCAGGGCCAGCGGCGAGCGCAACUGCUGGAGAAACUGGAAGCGGCGCGGGAGCGCACGCUGCUCUGGGAAUCCAAGUGUAUUCAGAUCCAGAACACCGCGGCUGAGAAGACCCUGCUCCUGAGACGCACCAGGAUGGCAGCACUCAACCUGUUCCAGCUAGUGUGCCAGCACCAGCGGCGGCCACCUGCCCUGGACAUCGAGGACACCGAGGGGCAGCUGGAGCAGGUGAAGCUCUUCAUCCUGGACCUCUCUGCCAUGCUGGCUGGCCUCCAUCAGGCCAAGCCCUCCGUCCCCGCCUCCUGA